GCCUACUCUGCAAAAGCGGGAGAGGAUUAAAACCGUCGGAGGUGAAGGACGCAGUUUUACUCCGUCUCGUACUGAAGGAAGAACAAACCCUGAGCUUUCUGUCGAAUUCAACGCGAGGAUAAAUCACCAAACGCAGGUUGAACUAGUUAGUAAGAGUUGAGACAGGUAGCUCAUUCAUCGGAGGCAGAAAGUGGUGGAGGCACAGGGGUAGAGAUAUGAUGUUUUCCUGUUGGGUCCAGGUAAUACCCAUGGAAGGGGGAUCGAUUGAGGCAGUGGUGGAAGAGGCAGGGGAUGCUUUCAAGGCAAAAGAAUGUAAGACAUACCAAAGGCGACGAGAGGAUGAAGAGGUGGGAGCUGAACUGCUGCAGCCUGCUGAGUUGGAGCAAGCCCAGGCUGAAGCAGAUGCUGAAGUGGAGGCCCAACAGCAACUGGUUGAAGGUGUAGUGAAUGUCAACAGCAUGAUGGUGAUGGAGUCCCUGGACCCUGCCUUGCUUCAGAUGAAGACAGAAGUUCUGGAGGCUGCUGUCGGAGGACCAGUUGGUGUGGCCGGUUCUGCCCAUGAAGCCACUGUCACAACUGUGGACGAUACUCAGAUCAUCACCCUACAGGUGGUAAACAUGGAAGAGCAGCAGUUGGGGUUAGGAGAGCUGCAGCUGGUGCAGGUGCCUGUUUCUGCUGUGCCUGUCACCACAGCCACUGUGGAAGAGCUACAGGGGACACUGGUGGAUGCGACUGCCAUGCCUAAAGAUGGAGAGCCGGUCAUCUGUCACACCCUGCCGUUGCCUGAGGGGUUUCAGGUGGUCAAGGUGGGUGCAAACGGAGAGGUGGAGACUGUGGAGCAGGAUGAGCUCCAGGCCCAAGAAGAGCAGCCUCAACAGCAGGUGGAGGAGGAGAUGACUGAAGCCCAAGCUGAUGACCCCACAUGGGCCAAAGAUCCAGACUAUGCACCCCCUGUCAAAAAGAUCAAGAAGGCAAAGAAAAGCAAACUGCGCUACAACACAGAGGGAGAUAAGGACAUGGAUGUGUCUGUUUAUGACUUUGAGGAGGAGCAGCAGGAAGGACUGCUCUCUGAGGUCAAUGCUGAGAAAGUUGUAGGCAACAUGAAACCACCCAAACCAACUAAAAUCAAGAAGAAGGGUGUCAAAAAGACAUUCCAGUGUGAGCUGUGUAGUUACACUUGCCCACGACGCUCCAAUCUGGACCGCCACAUGAAGAGCCACACGGAUGAGAGGCCUCACAAGUGCCAUCUGUGUGGGCGAGCCUUUAGAACCGUCACCUUGCUUAGGAACCAUCUCAACACCCAUACAGGCACCAGACCACAUAAGUGCACUGACUGUGAUAUGGCCUUUGUCACCAGUGGAGAGCUGGUGCGACACAGACGCUACAAGCACACGCACGAGAAACCAUUCAAGUGCUCCAUGUGUGACUAUGCCAGUGUGGAGGUUAGCAAGCUGAAGCGUCACAUUCGCUCACACACCGGAGAGCGUCCCUUCCAGUGCAGCCUGUGCAGUUACGCCAGCAGAGAUACCUAUAAGCUGAAGAGGCACAUGAGGACCCACUCAGGAGAGAAGCCCUAUGAGUGCUACAUCUGUCAUGCACGUUUCACCCAGAGUGGUACCAUGAAGAUGCACAUCCUGCAGAAGCACACAGAGAACGUGGCUAAGUUUCACUGCCCCCACUGUGAUACAGUUAUUGCUCGCAAGAGUGAUCUCGGUGUACAUCUCCGUAAGCAGCAUUCCUACAUUGAGCAAGGCAGGAAGUGCCGUUACUGCGACGCAGUGUUUCAUGAGCGAUAUGCCCUCAUCCAGCAUCAGAAAUCACACAAAAAUGAGAAACGUUUCAAGUGUGACCAGUGUGACUAUGCAUGCCGUCAGGAGCGUCACAUGAUCAUGCAUAAACGCACCCAUACCGGGGAGAAGCCAUACGCGUGUAACCAAUGUGAUAAGACCUUUAGGCAGAAACAGCUCCUGGACAUGCACUUUAGGCGCUACCAUGACCCCAACUUUGUACCAACGUCCUUCGUAUGCACAAAGUGUGGCAAGACUUUCACUCGCAGGAAUACCAUGGCCAGGCAUGCAGAUAACUGCACUGGGAUGGAAUCUGCUGAUGGAGAAAAUGGAACCCCACCCAAGAGAGGUCGUGUUGGCAGAAAGAGGAAGAUGCGGUCUAGAAAGGAUGACGACGAAGAUGACAGCGAUGAGCAUGGAGAGCCUGAUCUGGAUGACAUUGAUGAAGAGGAUGAGGAUGAAGAGAUUCUUGAAGAUGAUGAGGAUGAACACAUGGAUGUGGAACAGGCUCCACCCACCGUUCCCAUCCCUGCCCCAGCUGAACCUCCUGUCAAGAGGAAACGGGGCAGACCCCCCAAGAAUGCACCCAAGGUUUCUCCUGCCACGCCUAGUCCAAAAACCACUGCAGCUACCGCUGCCAUAAUCCAAGUGGAGGAUGAAAGCACAGGGGCCAUUGAGAACAUCAUUGUGAAAAAGGAGCCUGAAGGCAUUGAUGCAGUUCCUGAACCCGCCCAGCCGGUGGUGGAGGAGGUAGAGGCAGUCGAGGCUGGUGUAGAAACAGUGCAGAUAGCCGUCCCUGAAGCUGCACCUAACGGUGACCUCACACCUGAAAUGAUCCUUAGCAUGAUGGACCGGUGAUCUGGGGAUAUAUCUCCACACACAGGCUGAUCACAAAAACGCUUGCAGAUAUACACAUCCCUGUAUGUGUCCCAUAACUAUAUACACGCUUGCAUCUCUUUUCUCACCUCUUUCAAUACCAUGCUUCUUUUUCUUUUGUAUCCUCAUGUUUAUACACAGAUGUCAAAGCAAAUUUUCUAAGACUUCAUGUUGUUCUCCUGUUUACUAUAAAACCCAACUAAGUUCUUACAUUUUGUCUUUCAUAACAUUUAUACACAUGAGGAUUUCAAAACUGUGCAUGGAAAUGCAUUUUCCUGUCAUAGCAUAGUUCCGCUGCUGAGCUGUGUGUACUUUGUGGGGUGAGAGUGGGAAUGCACGGCAUCUCGAGACUUAACAUGGUGUGCUACAUGCAUAUAGACUUCUUUUCCCAGCUAACCUGAUGUGUUUGUUUUUCCUAAUCAGAUGUUGCUAUGGCAGUACUGAGAAACAAUAUCAUUUUGUGCCUGGUCAAACCUUGAUAUCUAGAAUUGCCGUCACUGCUGUAGAAACGGGUCAUUUUGACCCAACGGUCCAAGAAAAUCCUUUCAAUGUUUGACAUUUUACGAUGACGUUAAUUCACUGUUUGUUCCUCGUGCUCCUUCAUUGGUCACAGGUGAUGAUGUUAGAGAGAGUAGAAAUGUAGCCAUCUGAUUAUCAAGCCAGGGACAUCCAUCCAUUCACAUGUCUAAAACAGUCGAGAAAGAUGUACAAAAAAAGGUAAUCUUGGCUAGUCUUGCUUGUAAAUAACUUUUAUUUUUUGUUUUAUUAUGAACAUUUUAAUCUUUUCUAGCGAUUUGAUGACCGGAAUGCUAAGGCAAUGGAUUUUAACAGUAGUUGUUUAAAAAAUUGCCAUGCCACUGACGGCUUUCAAAUUACUAACUGGGAAAAAUGAGAGGCUGAGGAAUUAUGUAGGCUGCAUACACCCCUUUUCUUUUGCUCCUUCUGUAGCUUAAAUCUUGGAUUUCAAUCUUGCUUGUCUGGGAGGGAUUGCUUAAUGAUAAAGCUAAAGUUUUGUCGCCAUUUUAAGGUGACAAAAUUCCAAAUUUAUGAAUUGGCCUCAGUGUUGGAUUUUGUAAAAGGAAGAAAACUGACAACUGGGGAAAUACAACAAUGUGCAUGUCUCAUAAAUCACUUGGAAACUGUUGUGAUGUGGUUGUGUUUCCUACAACCAGCCCUGCAUAUUAAACCAUGUCCUGAAAUUUGAUCCAAGUAUGAUUAUAUUUCGUAGGAUACUGAAAAUGAAAAAGAUGUCUUGCGGUUUACAAUAAGUUUAUCAGACCACCUCUAAUUUAAGUAGAUUAAUAUGGGUGUUUGAGGAAGAUAUUUUGAUACAACCUGUUUCUAGAAGGGGAAGUUUGGAUGGGAUAUUUGUAAAAAAGUUUGUCACUUGUUAAAGCAAUGUCCUUUUAAUUUCUGAUCUCUUUUUUGCUUUUCUCCUUCGAAUAAUGUUUUCCUCCAACAUGUAAUUGCAUUUAAAUCGCUUUCUUUUUGUAAGCUCUUAAAAUUCUAGGUUAAUAUGCAUUUUGUUUUUUUACCUAGCUGUACUGUGUGAAUUUUACAAUGAUCAGAAAACCAACCUUAUAAAGACAUUUAUUAUGGCUGAGUGGGGCAUAGAGGGCAGAUGAAGAAAGAUUGUGUGGGGUAUGUAUUGCUGUACAGCUAAAUAAAAAAUAUUGUCCUA